GCCCGAUUGGUGGUCGCGCCGUGCCCGGGUCGCGGGCGCGAGCUCCGCCCGCCGCUGCGUCCCCACUAUGGCGGCGCCCAGGCAGCCCACCGCGUCGUGGGCGCCCGCCGGGGUCCCCCGCGGCUGCCGCCGUCGUUGGCGCCCUCGCCUCCGUCUCUCCGCCCGCGCCGGGCCGGGCGCCGCCUCCCCGCCGCCUCCCUCUCCGCUGCGGUCAUGUAGGGGGCCGGAGACCAUGUGAAGAUGGGGCUCCUCGUGUUUGUGCGCAACCUGCUGCUAGCCCUCUGCCUUUUCCUCGUCCUGGGAUUUCUUUACUAUUCGGCGUGGAAGCUGCAUCUGCUCCAGUGGGAGGACUCCAAUUCAGUGGUUCUUUCCCUUGACUCCGCUGGACAAGCACUAGGCUCAGAGUAUGAUCGAUUGGGCUUUCUCCUGAAGCUGGACUCGAAACUGCCUGCCGAGCUAGCCACCAAGUAUGCCAACUUUUCAGAGGGAACUUGUAAGCCGGGCUACGCUUCUGCCUUGAUGACCGCCAUCUUCCCCAGGUUCUCCAAGCCAGCACCCAUGUUCCUCGACGACUCCUUCCGUAAGUGGGCUCGGAUCCGGGAAUUUGUGCCACCCUUUGGGAUCAAAGGUCAAGACAAUCUGAUCAAAGCCAUCCUGUCAGUCACCAAAGAGUAUCGCCUGACCCCGGCCCUGGACAGCCUCCCCUGCCGCCGAUGCAUCAUCGUGGGCAAUGGAGGGGUCCUUGCCAACAAGUCCCUGGGGCCCCGCAUCGAUGACUAUGACAUCGUGGUCAGACUGAACUCGGCUCCCGUGAGAGGCUUUGAGAAGGACGUGGGCAGCAAGACCACCCUGCGCAUCACCUACCCCGAGGGCGCCAUGCAGCGGCCUGAGCAGUACGAACGUGACUCCCUCUUCGUCCUGGCGGGCUUCAAGUGGCAGGACUUCAAGUGGCUCAAGUACAUCGUCUACAAGGAGAGAGUGAGUGCGUCGGACGGCUUCUGGAAGUCUGUGGCCACGCGGGUGCCCAAGGAGCCCCCCGAGAUCCGCAUCCUCAACCCCUACUUCAUCCAGGAGGCAGCCUUCACCCUCAUUGGACUCCCCUUCAACAACGGGCUCAUGGGCCGUGGGAACAUCCCGACGCUGGGCAGCGUGGCCGUGACCAUGGCCCUGCACGGCUGUGACGAGGUGGCGGUGGCAGGCUUUGGCUACGACAUGAGCACACCCAACGCGCCCCUGCACUACUACGAGACCGUGCGCAUGGCCGCCAUCAAGGAGUCCUGGACACACAACAUUCAGCGAGAGAAAGAGUUUCUUCGCAAGCUGGUCAAAGCCCGUGUCAUCACCGACCUCACCAGUGGCAUCUGAGGUGGACCCGGCACACGGCCACACAGGCCCACAGGCAUCACCAGAGCGAGAAACCGCCACGGCCACGGCCUCGGCCUCGGCCUGGCCAGGCCUGAGAGGCGCAGGCGUCUUCGGACCCAGAGGAGGACAGCCAGGGGGACCCAGAGGGUCGCGAGGCUGAGCCUGGCAGCCCAGCUGUGCCCGGCAGCCCAGCGUGCCACGCCGGAGGUGGGACAGCGGGCAGCGAGGCGACUGCUGGAAUCAUUUCUCCAAUCAGUGUUUCGUGUAUUACCAUUUUGUGAACUCGGAAGUGGGGCGUGGGGGGGAGGGAUAAUUU